GCCUGCUGCAAAUGUCAUAACAAACGUACUCGUGUAAACAAGUGAAACCGCGCAAGAGAUGAAUUCUUUUCAUCGCCGUUCAAAAACACUUUUGCAAACCUUGCUAAACGCAAAUAUUGCUGGCAGCAGCCCGAGUCGUGUAUUUACUCGAUCACAAUGCUACAAAGCUGUUAACAGACGUGCAAUAACGGAGCUAAAAAAUCUGCGGCGUGAUCCACCGAAGGAACCAGCCGGCACUUCCGACCGAAGAACAUUGGCCGAAGCAUUGCACGGCCGGAUACGAGCUACCGGGCCAAUGACGGUGGCCACUUAUAUGCGAGAAGUUUUGCUAAACCCAGCGGCUGGAUACUACAGUACAAAGGAGAAUGUGUUUGGCACAACUGGAGAUUUCAUCACCGCGCCGGAAAUUGGACAAAUUUUCGGUGAGCUGGUAGCCAUUUGGUGUAUAAAUGAGUUGCAAAAAUUUAACUAUGAUGGCCAUAUACAGCUCAUCGAGCUAGGACCUGGCAAGGGAACGCUGAUGCACGAUGUGCUGCGCGUAUUCGAACGAUUCGGGCUGUCGAGAGAUCGAGUCAGUGUGCAUCUGGUGGAAAUGAGCUCCAAUUUGCAGCGCCUUCAGGCCGACAAGCUUUGCAACGGGAUGGCCCACCGUACACCGGCGGACCAAAGUGAACCUCACGUACAGGAAGGCACUGCCAGCUCCGGUAUCAAUAUUCGAUGGUACACAGAUGUCGUGGAAGUGCCGAAGGGAUUUUCCAUCAUCCUGGCAAACGAGUUUUUCGAUGCGCUGCCAGUGCACGUGUUCUGUAAGGAAGCGAGCGAAGGCGGUGCUUCGUGGAAGGAAAUGUUGGUUGAUAUUAAUCCAGAGCAAAAGGAACCGAGCUUUCGCUUCAUACAAUCGAACAGGGCAACUCCGUACUCAGUAGUGUUUGGGAAGCGAUUCGAUGGUAAGCAGUCACUUUUGAGGGAUCGAAAUCGAGUCGAGGUCUCGUUUGAGACGGAACAGAUCGCACAGGACAUGGCGAGACGCAUUGACGGGCAUGGGGGAUUCGGGCUAAUAAUCGACUAUGGCCAUGAAGGUGACAAAACGGAUACACUGAGGUCGUUUAAAAAUCACCAACUGCACGAUCCGCUACAAGAUCCUGGAAGUGCCGACUUGACGGUUGAUGUCGAUUUCGGAUUCUUGAAGCAUUUUCUUGAACAAGACGACAAAGCCACAACACUGGGGCCAGUUAGCCAGGGGACAUUUUUGGAAGCGAUGGAAGGUUCCGCUCGAUUAAAGAGUCUGCUAAGUGCAGCAAAGGACGAGAAGUAUCGGAAAAUGCUGUCGGACGGUUACGACGAGCUUACCAAUCCAUCCAAAAUGGGAGAGCGUUUCAAGCUGUUAUCCGUCUUUCCGUCAACGUUGAAAGAGUUUCUGAAGACUUCAAACAAAGUAGUGGGAUUUGAUUGUAAAAAAUAAAACUGUUUCGUCGCUCCGUAUCCUGGUCGGGUUGAACAACAAAUAAACAAACAAAAAAGCAUU